AUGCAUUCCCCUCCGACCAAGAUAUCAGGGGCUGGGAAAUUGCGACAGGAGACCAUCUGCUCCUUCCUCUCCACAGAUGAGAAGCUUCAGCGUCUUGACAUCUUUUCUCUGCCGGCGUCUACACGGCAAAAGAUCUAUCGUGAAGCAGGUCUUCCCUACAACGACCACGUCCUUUUGCCGUCGUCGAAAUAUCAAUCUCCGCUUUCGUCGGAGGCUAGGGCAACUAUAUCAGGACUGCUUGUUGCAAACAAGGCUGUCAGCUCAGAGGCUUCGAAAAUCCUCUACUCGGCUAAUGCAUUCACUAUCUGGCUCACCUGCCUCGAAGACUUACGCCCCAUCCUUGCUUUCUCAGCACGAACCAUUUCCAUGCUCACAAACUUGAUCAUUCAAUGCGAUGAUCCAUCGAGAGACUGCCAAACUCUGCUCUGCUCCAGCUUUGGGCUACCAGACGCCUGCCCAUGCUGCCGGCAUCCGAAGCUAGCAUCCGAAGCAAAUCGUCCGUCGACUUUCUGGGAAUUCCGUGAUGUACUGCGGCAUGUCGUUUCUCAUGCGACGCCCUUUGGUCUCCAUCUCGGCAUAAGCAUCAACGUCGGGGAUGCAGAAACAGCCCGGUGCCUGCUUGAGCCUCUGCGCAGCACCAGCACCCUCGCCGAUUGCGCCAUCCGCCUCAGCAAACGACCUGACAUGGAGCUCCAAUCCAUCGCCAGACAGUUUGCUCUCCAGGCCAUGGGCAAGGUUGCGCAAGAGCCAGCCUUUCGUUUCAUGGAUCUGCCUCGAGAAAUCCGGCUCCAAGUGUUGGAAGAAACCGACCUUCAAAUCCCCGACGGUGAGGUGGAAUGGUCGCCGCUCCAAGGUUAUCAUGCCGCCGCGGCGUCUACCUUUUGUGGCCAAGAAUAUGUGUGCUUUUCGGGCUACCUUGACGAUCCGUUUCUCAAGCAGGGCUUCUUCUGCGCGCAGCGCCAUUCCAGCUUUUCGCAGCAUUGUCACUGCUGGUGCCCACCUACUGCACUGCUGCUUUGUAGCCGAAGACUUAGAGAGGAGGCUCUGGGGGUCUUUUUCAGGAGCAAUCGUUUCACCGUCGUGCCCAAGAACGGCUGUACUCUGCCCGUCCGAAAAGUACAAGAUGAACCGGACGAUCGCCUGGAAGCCUCCAUCUUCUUGCGAAACGUGGUGCCGUUUCAAGCACUAUCAUAUCUGCGAUUCCUCGAGAUCGUUUUCCCGCCAUUCGAUUAUGAAUUCCUUCCUCCAAACCACACGGCAUACCGCGAUUGGAUAGAGCUCCUCGACUUUUUAAGUGGCGUCUUGAGCCCAUCUCAACUGGUCUUGCGCGUCCACUUUGCAGACUACGAUAGCACUGGGUAUAAACGCACCUACUUCAGGGUCAACAUGACCCCGGCCGGGUCCGAGGCGAUCGCCCGAGCUUAUGAGCGGACCCUCAUGCCCCUGGAGAAACUCCGGAGGUCGUUGAAGUGCUUGUUCAUUCAUCUUGCAAAUCCAUGGUCUUGGGCGUCGGCAAGUAUACAGGACAUAGACGUGGUUCGACGAGAAGCCCGAGUCCACAUGCAGGCCACGGAACAGAGACUCGAGAAGUUGAUCAUGGCCGACGACGGGUACGAUGGUGUAGCUCGGGGCAAAAACUCGGAGAAAAAGAGUCGCUGGCUGUUGUCGGCCGAGUACAAGAGUGAGUUUUCCAUGCCGGUAUACGGUUUCGACCCACGCUUGAAUGCUUGGGUCUGA